AUGCUCCUUCAGGCUGCAUCGCCUCUGUCUAUCCCGAUCAUUGUGCUCGACCCAGAAGAAGGGGCACCGGCUAAGCAAGUGUCGGCGCCCGAGCGACUGCCUCUGUCGCAGCUUGCUUCGACUUCGUCACAGGCUGGCUCUGGGCCCGGUCCUCUCUCCCACCUGAAUGGACCCUUCACCUCGGAGUCGCACAUUCGGCAACUCGCCCAAAACGUCGAUAUUCUGACCAUCGAGAUUGAGCACGUCGACGUCGCUGCUCUGGAGCGGGUGCAACACGACUUCGCGUCCACUGGAGGGCGCUCGGGCGAAGGCGUCAGAAUCUACCCCGCUCCGGCGGUCAUUCGUACGAUUCAGGACAAGUACACACAAAAACUCUAUCUCCAAGAGCGCGGUAUUGCGGUCGCCCCCUUUUUGCCCAUCAUGGGAACGGGCGCCGCAGCCGCCGACUCUGUGCACCCGCGGGCCGACCUGCGUGAUUCGGUGCGAGAUGCGGCCAAGGAUUUCGGCUAUCCUCUCAUGCUGAAGUCCCGACACCUCGCCUACGACGGCAAGGGCAACUUCGUGCUGCGCUCGGAAAACGACAUUGAACUCGCGUUGCAAGCCCUUAUCCCGGACUCGUCGCUGACGAUUCAAGGCGCGAGAGCUCCGACCGAUCGCCUCUACGCCGAAAAGUGGGCCGCCUUCGUCAAAGAGGUCGCCGUUAUGGUUGUCCGCGGUGCCGAUGGAAGUACGCGUUCAUAUCCCGCAGUCGAGACUGUCCACCGGGAUAGCAUCUGCCACAUCGUGUAUGCCCCCCUUCGACCGCUGUGCGACGGUGAUUACGGGGUGGGGUCAAAACAGAAGGGCGUGUUCAGCAUAUCCGCGAAGCCGGUGGACGAGCGCGCACAGGAGCUUGCUGUGCGAGCCAUUGACGCCCUCGGGGAGGGGGCCGUCGGUGUGUUUGGUGUAGAGAUGUUUUGGUUAUCGGAUGGUCAGUUUUUGCUCGUAGAUUCUGGAGAUUCUUGUGCGAUAGCUGACCUCACCUCAAUGUCAACAGGCCGCCUCUUGCUCAACGAAAUUGCACCACGACCGCACAACUCGGGCCAUUAUACCAUCGAAGCCUGCUCCAUCUCGCAGUACACCGCUCACCUUUAUGCGAUCUUGUCACUGCCGUUGCCGCCAAUCCAAUUUCUCCCACGAUCAUCCGCCAUGCUCAAUCUGCUCGGGUUGUCGUCCUCAGCUCAGUCAGAUUUCAUGGGUCCGUCUGGCGUAGUUAGAAAGGCCAUCGAGUUCGGAGCAGCUGUGCACUUGUAUGGAAAGGCAGGAUGUCGCAAGGGCAGGAAGAUGGGUCACGUGACGAUAGUCGGCGAGUCCGAUGAGAUCGUCCGUUCGCAGCUCGAACAACUGGUUGAACUCUUACCAGGGGAGUACGCCGAGAAGGCCCAACGGCAAGAGGCGACCCGAUCGGCUCGAUCACCACUUGUCUCGAUUGUCAUGGGAUCGGAUUCGGAUCUGCCUAUUAUGCUGAACGCCUCCAGCGUCCUUCGCCAGUUCGAGAUCCCCUUUGAGCUGUCGAUCGUGUCAGCUCACCGGACACCUGGCCGUAUGGUCGAGUUCGCUCGAACCGCCGCGAGUCGCGGGAUCCGGGUCAUCAUUGCUGGAGCUGGGGGUGCGGCGCAUCUACCGGGCAUGAUUGCGAGUGAAACGAUUUUGCCGGUCAUCGGUGUGCCUGUCAAGGGCUCCAGUUUGGACGGCGUCGACUCGCUGUACUCAAUCGUACAGAUGCCCCGCGGGAUUCCUGUCGCGGCAAUGGCCAUCAACAACUCGAUGAAUGCUGGUCUCCUAGCUGUCAGAAUUCUGGCAGCAGGGGGAAUGGGCAGGCUGAACAAGGCUCUGGCGGAAUAUGCGGCAGGACUAGAGGAUGAAGUUCUUGCAAAGGUGCAGACACUGGAAAACAUCGGCUGGGACGCGUAUGCAAUCACCGAGCUAGCAAAGAAAUAG